AUGAAAGAUAUGGGGUUGAUGCUUGGUGAACUCGUCAAACUGGACGACCAGAAAUGGUGGUUGACUGAUAUCACUCUCACCCUGGAUUUGGAUGUUGUCUGUAUAAAUACACAACAAAGUUUUGAGGCAUUGAACCAAAGGGCUGUGGCUGUUGUUGUUGAUCCGAUGCAGUCUGUCAAAAUCAAAGUAGUUAUUGAUGUUUUUCGCCUGAUCAAUCCUCAAAUGCUUAUGCUAGGUCAAGAGCCACGUCAAAUCACAUCCAAUAUCGGACAUCUUAAUAAACCAAGUAUUCAAGCACGAUCAUUAAUUUAA